AUGGAUGGGGCUGUUUUCACAUCCGAUGAACUUAAUUACCUGAUUUAUCGAUAUAUGAUGGAAAAUGGUACGUUAUUAUUGCUAUUGCCAUGUUUCAUUGAUUUUAGGUUAUCAACAUAGUGCAUUUACUUUCGCUAGUGAAUCGAAUCUCUCCAACUCAAAUGUUGAUGGGGCCAUUGUACCCCGAGGAGCGCUGAUCUCAAUUGUCCAGAAAGGCCUCCACUUUACUGAAGCCGAAUUUUUUUCUACAUUGGCUUCUAGUUCUAAUGAGAAAUACGAAGCGUGGAGAUACGAAAGGGCUCUGGGAUCGAUUUGUUUGUUUGAGGCCGGUAAGUUAUUAUUCGUUUUAUCUGAUUUAUUAGUAUUACCGGACGCGGAAAGACUAAAGAGAUUGGAGGAAAAAAUUAUUGAAGAAGUUGGUGAAGAGGCUGUAGUGAAACCAUUAAAUAUUCGGAUAACUGAACCGGAACGGCCGCAUUCCACCAAUUCUGCUCCAAGCAGUCGGGCAUCUUCGGAAGGGGAUCAUCAUGUUUUAGAGGAUGAUUUGGAAAGAAGAGAUCACACAGAAGAACAACUUCAACCUUCCAAUGAAGUAAGUUUUUAAACGAACACGCGAAAUUAUAUUGGUCUUUCAGAGUCAGGGUUUGAAUCCAAAUUUUCAACAUCCUGGACCGGCUUAUUCUCCAAACCGACUUCAGAAUGGAAACUUUAGUGUUGCCGGACAUAGUGGAAAGAAAGCUGCUGCAGCCGCUGCUCACAAUUCCCGGCCAAGGUUGGUUUUUUCUUAUGGUGAUACGUAAAAUAACGUAUGCUUUACAUUUUAUGUUCGAGCGGAUUACAGUCAAGAAAACGUUAUAAAGCAAAAAAUUGCACAGGGAAAGGUAAAAUUUUGUUAUCUCAGAGUGCAUUUCGCCGAUUUCACUCCAUCGACUCUUUUCCUUGAACAAUACAUUUCUUAUAAUCAUAAAACUAUUAUCAAUUUAUUUUUUGCUCCAUAACAUGAUUUGCUUACAGCGCUACUGGGGUUAAUAACAGUAACAUCGUCCAAUACGCGAAUGGAAAGAUGCUUCCCAACAGUGACCAGGUGAAUAUUGAUCCGGAUCUCGAAUUAGAUAGGAACAAAAUGCAAGCCCUUACUGGACACAAUGCAGACGUUUUCAUUUGCUCUUGGAAUCCAAAACAUGAGUGUUUUGCCUCCGGGUAUGUUUUUAAAAAAACUUAUGAAAGCCCUCAGAUCUGGCGAUAGCACUGCCCGUCUUUGGUUCCCCGGCCAAGACAUUCAGAACUCUGUGCAAUCGAUUGUUUUGAUGCAUGAAAUGCAACGGGAGCAGGGGAAUAAGAACAAGGAUGUCACUUCUCUUAAUUGGAGUGUAAGUCCUCGUGUAAUUUAUUAUUUAUUUGUUUAGUCUAAUGGAGAAUAUCUGGCCACAGGAUGUUAUGAUGGAGUUGCGAGAAUCUGGAAUCGUAAGGGAGAACUGGUAAUGAGUACCAAUGCUCAUGCUGGGCCCAUAUUUGCUCUUAAAUGGAACUACGGUGGAACCAAAGUUCUGAGUGCUGGAGUUGAUAACGUAAUAUCUCUCUUGUAUAUUGAAUAUUGAUUUUUAGUGUACCGUUGUAUGGGAUCCACAGAAAAAUGUGGCCCGCCCCUUCAAAUUCCACACUCAGUCUGCUUUGGAUGUGGAUUGGAUAAAUGACGAGACCUUCGCUUCUUGCUCCGUUGAUUCUUUGAUUCACAUUUGUCAUUGUCAGAGCGAUAUUCCAUUAAAAACGUUCAAGGUAUGUUUUUCUUUCUAAAUAAGGUCUACUUUUAGGGUCAUGGUAAUGAAGUAAACGCAGUCAAAUACGACCGUAUCUCUAGAUUACUGGCCUCUUGUUCCGACGAUAGAACUUUGAAGGUAACCAACUUGAAGAAGACUAAUAUUUAUAUUCAGAUAUGGAAUAUGGAUGAGGAUAGUCCAAUAUUUGAUGUGACUGCUCACGACAAAGAAAUCUAUACUAUCAGAUGGUCCCCUAUUGGAAAUAUUCUGGCUUCGGCCUCAUUCGAUUGUUCUGUCAAGAUCUGGGACUUGCAGAAUAAAGUGUGUGCACGGCAGUUACAAAAGCAUACGGAGAGUGUGUACACUGUCGCCUUUCACCCUGAGGGCCGAUUGUUGGCUUCUGGAUCCUUUGACAGGACGAUUAAUAUUUGGGAUCUCUCGGUAGGAGAAGUAUCGGUACACGUAACACUAAUGUUUAGACUGGGCGGGUUGUUAUGACUUAUACUGGAUGCGAGAUGAGUGGAGGUUUCUUUGAGGUCGAUUGGAAUCGCACCGGCGAAAAGUUGGCAGCGUCAGCGGCCUCCGGUACUGUAAGUCUUAAUUUUUAUUUGAUGCCACAUUCGAACAAAUGACUUAUUCAUUUAUUUCCAGAUGCUGCUGUUCGAUCUCCGUUUUCUUCGAAGCGUCGUGCGGACUUAA